AUGCCCUCCAUACGUGUCGGGAACAGCGACGACCCCUUCGAGCACAUUAUGCGCCCCCCUCCAGACGAAACCCCAGAGCAGAAGGCUGAGCGGCUUAGGAGGGAGGAGGAGGCGAAGCGGAUCAGCCAACAAAUCGACGAAAGUAUCAAGAUGGAGAGAAUUGAGAGGAAGAAGAAGAGGGUGGUCAGGCUGCUGCUGCUAGGCCAGAGCGAAAGUGGGAAAUCGACAACGCUACGGCAGUUCCAGCGUCUGUACACGCCGACGGCGUUCAGACAGGAGCGAGUCCUCUGGCGCUCCGUAAUCCAAUUAAAUCUCAUAAGAUCGAUACGCACAAUCCUCGACGCGCUGCCCUCCUCGUCCGCACUGGGCUCGCCUGCCUUGCCUGAGAUCCGGGAGCGCCUCGAGGUCCUCAGGGAUGUGGAACAUUCUUUGAUUAGGAUGCUCACCAUGAAUAUUUACGGCUGUAUCCUCGCAGCAAAAGCCGUCGAUUGCCCCACCACAAACGGUAACUGGCCAUGGUCGGACCAGGAAGUCUACAUCCGUCCUGGGACGGCGUGGAAGGGUGCCCUGGCCAAGCUCGUCCAGUCCAUGGGCGAUGCGGACGGCGACAUCCCGCCCUCCCCGACGAGUGUAUUGUACCGGCUGAGGGAGGAUAUUAUGGCUUUAUGGACGGACCGGGGGGUCAGGGAGGUCCUGAGGAGGCGGAAGCUCAGGCUGGAAGAAGGGCCUGGGUUGCUGACACUGUACGCUUGCGUCCGCAGCUUCUUGAACGACAUCGAACGGGUAACUUCUCUGAAGUAUACACCGACGGAAGAUGACGUGCUGAAGGCGCGGCUAAAAACCGUCGGGGUGUCAGAGUACAAAUUCGAGAUGGAGGCUAGCGCAGGUAAGGAGAGUGGCACCGAAUGGCGGAUCGUGGAUGUCGGCGGGAGUCGUAGUCAGGUAACGACUUGGAUGCCAUUUUUCGACGAUGUCGAUGCUAUCAUUUUCCUUGCCCCGAUAUCUGGGUUCGACCAGGUGUUGACAGAAGAUCGGAGCGUGAAUCGGCUGGAGGACUCCGUUCUGCUAUGGAAAGCCAUUUGCUCGAAUAAGCUGCUCGCGAACGUCGAGCUCGUGCUCUUCCUGAACAAGUGCGACAUCCUCGAUCAGAAACUGAAGAGCGGAGUCAGAUUGGCCAAGUACGUCCGGAGCUUCGGUGAUCGACCUAAUGAUCUGGAGACGGCGAGCAAAUAUUUCCGCAGUAAAUUCAAUGCUAUACAGAGGGAGUAUUCGCCGAACCCUCGGAAAUUCUACGGUUUUUGUACUUCCGUGACGGAUACGACUACGACCGCUGGUAUACUUGCGAGUGUUCGAGAUAUGGUAAUUCGGCAGCACCUGAAGCAGUCUAAGCUGCUUUGA